AUGCCAGGUUCACUACCCCAUGACCAUGCUGCAGGAGCUCACUCUCUUGACGCGUUGAGCCCCUCUGAUCAGCUGUUCUUCAGAACACAUUCAUUUGGGCCCACCAAGGAACCCCCCUCGCUGUGCAUCCAUCACGCAUUCGAGAGCCAUGCUGCAUCGCACCCCGAAUCCCUCGCUAUCAUGACUUCGGACGUCUCGGGCGCCUCAGAGUCCGUUACCUAUUCAGAGCUCGAUCGUCGGGCAAAUGUACUUGCCCAGCACCUUCGCGAUGUUCAUGACGUCGUCCCGGGUCGCCGUGUUUGCUUCCUGGUCGAGCGAUCGGUAGACAUGGUGGUUGGUAUACUCGGCAUCUUAAAGAGCGGCGCGGCCUAUAUUCUCUUGGAUGGAAACGUCGUCGAUUACUCGACCCUUGACCACGUCCUUCGCGACGCCGAUGUGACGUUAUACUCGCGCAAAUUCUUACCGAAGGCAUCGACAACCACUUCCGGGUCGAUUUGUCUUGAGGAUGUCCUCAAUGCCAACCAAAAUUCGAAGUGUGCUAAGCCUGCGGAUUAUUCAAAGCCUGACGAUACCGCGUAUAUCUUCUACAAAAGCACAGAAGACGGCCAAGUAGCUCACAAGGGUGUGCCCGUUUUACACAGACACGUCAUUAAUGUUGUUUGCCUCGCUCCUGGUAACAUUGAAAUGGCGCCGGGCCGUAGUGUUUCUCAAAUCAUGGACGUUUCCACAAGCCUGGCCGCCUGGGAAAUACUUGGUAGCCUCGCCAAUGGAUGCACGCUCUGCUUGGGGAGCCGCGACUCCAACGACUGGCCGAUUGUGGUGAGGAAGGCCGACAUUGUGAUUGCGACACCUUCAAUGCUCGCGGCCUAUGAAUCAGCGGACUAUCCAAACGUGAAAGUCAUCGCCGUCGUAUCGGACCGGUGCUCCCAAGCUCUUGCUGACAAGUGGGCUGCCAACGGUGUCCAUCUGUACGUUGGGUGUGCUUUAACGGAGAUUGCAAUCAUUAAUACAAUGGCCUCGGAGUAUCACAUUCUUGGCCAGGCUUUGAGCAUCGGAAAACCACUACCUAAUAAUAAUGUAUAUGUGCUACAGUCAGGUGCCGAUGGACUGCGGCCACUAGCACUAGGUGACCCCGGCGUCAUAUGGGUAGGUGGAAUGGGAUUAACGAGGAGUUCCAUUAAUAUCGACGACGACAAAUAUAAGUUGGAUCCCUUCCUUGCCGAUGGAUCCUACAUGGUCAAUACUGGGAAGUCAGGCCGUUGGCAUCCAGAUGGAACUCUAGAAUGCCUUGGUUCUGAAACGACAACGAUGGUGGGUGAAGUUGAGACGAGUGAUGGAGACUUGGCGACGAUAGGAAGAGAACUCCUGGCAAAGGAUUCUACAAACACACUUUUCCAGACUCCUGGCCAUCAGCAUUUCAACCUACCUCUUACCGUCGGCUACGGGACAUCGGAGAAGACCGCCGCGGGCUUGGAUUCGUCAGCCUCUUCUUCUACUAUUGAGAAAGGUCACGAAGUCUUUUGGGCGGGCUACGAGGACGAUGGUAUUCCAGACAAGACGCAGGGAAAAUUCAUGCGCAAUUUACGGCAUCAGGUUUUCUCUUUGUACCGUCGGCUGUUUGGGAUCGUCUUCAUAGUCAACAUGGCAAUCCUCAUAGCGACCUUCGUCCAAGGCGAACCCAAUGCCAUGCAGCUAGGCCAGAUCGUGAUAGGCAACAUCUUCUGUUCUGUCCUGAUGCGUCAGGAACAUGUGAUCAACGCGUUCUUUGCUGUGUUUACUGCAGUACCUCCAUCCUGGCCGAUGGCUAUCCGUCGAGUGUGCGCCAGAGUGUACGGGAUCGGAGGCAUCCAUUCUGGGGCUGCGGUAUCAGGGACAGUGUGGCUCAUUGUCUUUGCUGUUCAAGCGACCAGGGAGCUUGUAUCGGGUGGACCCACUUCGGUAGCCACCCUCGUCGUGACGUACUGCAUCCUGCUUUUGCUCAUAUCCAUCAUAUGCUGCGCAUAUCCAGCCUUCCGCAUCGCAAAGCACAACAACUUCGAGCGUACACAUCGGUUUUUUGGUUGGACAGUAACGGCGCUGGUCUGGGCGCAAGUCAUCUUAUUAACCAACGAUUACAAAAGCCCAGAGACAUCCCUUGGCUCUGCGCUUGUUUCUUCACCGCCAUUUUGGCUAGUAGUGGUGUUGACGUGCUCAAUCAUCUACCCGUGGCUGCACCUGCGGAAGGUCCCAGUACGCGCGGAAAUACUGUCGUCGCACGCCGUUAGACUCUACUUUGACUACGUCACCCCUGACCCUGGAACAUUCACCCGGGUGUCAGAUAACCCGUUAUUUGAGUGGCAUGGCUUUGCUACCAUCGCCCAACCCGGACAGAAGGGCUACUCUAUGGUCGUCUCUCGCGCAGGUGACUGGACGUCCAAGCAGAUUGGAGACCCACCAAAGGAGCUCUGGGUGCGGGGCAUCCCUACUUGCGGAGUAAUGAGUAUCGUCCCCAUCUUUAGACGAGUGGUCCUCGUUGCAACCGGCAGCGGUAUUGGCCCUAUCACUCCGUGGAUCCUUCAAAGUCGGCACCCAGUGAAGCUGCUCUGGACGGCUCCUGACGUUAGGAAGACCUUCGGAGACAAACUCGUGGACUCGCUCUUGGACGCUUGCCCGGAUACGGUCAUCUAUGACACUCGUAAACACGGAAAACCAGACAUGGUCAAGCUGACAUACCGCCUUGUUCGCGAGUUUGAUGCCGAGGCUGUUAUCAUCAUCUCCAACCAGAAGCUUACUGUGAAGGUCGUAUACGGGAUGAUGAGUAGAGGGAUACCUGCCUUUGGGGCCAUUUGGGAUUCAUGA